AUGACAGCCACGAAGAAGACUACAAGCAAGAGACUGAAUGGCGAUCAUGAAGCCACAGGACUUAUAUUGGACCAGAAUGAAGUCUUGAAAGCUAUGAUGGCUGCUCAGAAAGGAAAGGCGAAGGAGGUUGUCUCUGAUGAAGACGACGAAGAUGAGGACGAAGAUGAGGGGUCCGAUGCUGAUUCGGAAGAGGACUUCGAGGAUGAGGUAGAAGCGGACAACAGCGAAGAUGAAGGAAGUGAAGCAUCAUCGAGUAAUACCGAUAUCAACUCGAAAAGAGGGCUGAAACGUAGUCGUGACUUGGAAGAUGAUGGAGACGAAGGAGGAAGUGAUGAAGAUCUACCUAUACAACCCAGUAAUACCGCUUCCACAUCACGUAUAAACCUCUCUUCCAGAACUUCGGCAGCUAUCAACGGUCACAAGGCCCCGCAGAAGAGCACAGUAGAUCCCUCAGCAGCUUUCACAGCCAAUCCUAAACCUUCUUCAGAUACCACUUUUGCAUCUCUCGGUUUAUCCCAGCCCCUCAUCACAGCGUUGGGAUCGAUAAAUAUUCGUAAGCCAACGGAGAUUCAGGCGGCUUGUGUCGGACCUAUACUCUCAGGGAGGGACUGUAUUGGAGGUGCUAAGACAGGUAGUGGUAAAACAAUGGCAUUCGCUUUACCGAUAGUAGAGAGGAUAGCAAGAGAUCCAUUCGGUGUAUGGGCCGUUGUCUUGACUCCAACAAGAGAACUUGCGUAUCAAUUGUCCGAACAAUUCUUGGUCAUCGGUAAACCCCUUGGACUCACCACGGCUACCAUAGUAGGAGGUAUGGACAUGAUGACUCAAGCACAGCAACUCGAAGCUCGUCCGCAUAUCAUCGUAGCUACUCCUGGACGAUUAUGUGAUUUGUUGAGAAGUGAUGGUAUGAGUCAAGGGAAAUUGAGUAGAGUGAGAACUUUGGUACUUGAUGAAGCGGAUAGGCUCCUCACACCGACUUUCGCACCAGAGUUAGCAUACCUAUUCUCUCAGAUACCGCCCAAACGUCAGACUUGCCUGUUCACCGCAACGGUCAGCGAAGCGAUAAUGGAAUUGGCCAAUAAACCUCCUCCACCAGGGAAAGAGAAACCUUUCGUAUAUCGAGUGGAAUCAGAUACUUUAACGGUAUCUCGACUAAAGCAGAAAUACUUGUUUAUCCCUUCACAAAUACGUGAUCCCUAUUUACUUUACCUCCUUCAACAUCCACCUGAAGAUAUUGAUAUUGCUCUACGUGUUGAUCCAAAGAAGAAGGACACUCAAGAUUCAGAUCAGAAACGUAAGAAGGGUAAAAAGAGUAAACAUGUGAAAAUCAUGGAUGAUGAAGAUGAGAAUGAAAAUAUACCUUCGACAAUCAUAUUCACUCAACGAUGUGCUACAGCACACUUGUUACAUCUACUUCUCAACCAGUUAGAAAUACCUUCCGUGGCUCUACAUUCUCACCUUACCCAACCUCAGAGACUACUCUCCCUAGCCCGAUUCCGCGCCCAGGAAGUCAAGGUGUUAGUGACGACGGACGUAGGGUCUAGAGGUUUGGAUAUACCCGAAGUGGCUAUGGUGGUCAAUUGGGAUUGUCCAAGAAGGUCAGAUGAUUAUGUACACCGAGUAGGAAGAACCGCAAGAGCAGGAAGAGGUGGUGUGGCCAUUACGGUGAUUACCGAACGAGAUGUAGAGUUGGUCAAGAUGAUUGAAGAUGAUGUUCAAGUGAAACUACAAGAGUUGUCGUUGCCUGAAGAUAAGGUCUUGGAAAGUAUGAAUAAAGUUGCCCUGGCUAGACGCAUGGCUACAAUGGAAAUGCACGAUUCAGGAUUCGGUGAAAGACAGGCUAUCAAUAAAGCCAAGGCUGUGAAAAGGAUGAAGAGAGAUGCAGCGUCGAACGCUAACUGA